GCCCGCCCCUGAACGUGAACGCACUUCCGCCCCAAGAUGGUCGUCGGCGCCUUUCCAAUCGCCAAGCUCCUCUACCUCGGAGUGAAGCAGUUGAGCAAGCCCGUCGCUAACCGGAUAAAAGCUGGGGCACGGAGGAGCGAAUUUUUUAAGAAUUACGUCUGCAUGCCGCCGGCUCAGCUGUACCACUGGGUUGAGAUGAGAACCAAGAUGCGCAUCAUGGGUUUCCGUGGUGCCAGCAUUAAGCCACUGAACGAGGAAGCAGCGGCGGAGCUUGGCGCCGAGCUGCUGGGCGAGACGUUGAUCUUCCUCGUGGGCGGCGGAUGCAUGGUGCUGGAGUACACCAGGCAGGCGGUCAACUCGCGUAACAAGGAGGACGAGCUCAACGAGACGCUCACCAGCCUUCAGACUCAAAUAGCAGAGCUCACGUUCACCACAGAGACGCUAAGCGCUCAGCUGAGAGAGGUGAACAGGCAGCUAGUCUCCUUUCCUACGCCCACCAAAAAGUGAGGAAAUGGCGUAAACGUGGUACGCGUAUGGACGUAAGAAGACUUGAUUGCAACAUGUAAAGCCUGAAGCUGCUACUUCACUGCUACUCCUGCAUGGAGGAAGAAGUGGACAUAACAUCAGGGCGAUGUGUUUUGGAAUUGCAACUGUGUGCAAAUAAGUGGAUUGCUAUGACAUUCAUAGUGUAUUUUCUGUGGUUGAUAUUGCAUGUUCAUUACAAAGUGGAAUUGAGAAUUGAAUCAACAAAUUCAAAAGUUAGUAUCUGAUGAUGGCAUCUGUUUGGAUAUUUAAUAACUUGGGAGAGGCUCGGUUAAUAAUUAACAUGCCUCGAGUGUAGAUGGGGAAAAGGAAGUGCUUAGUCAAUAUCACUGCGAAUCACUUUGCGGAUUUAUGUGUAACUGCCAUAAUGGGUGAACGAUGGUGUAAAAUAAAGACGAUGAUGCCAUUAAUAA